AUUACUCAUAGUCACAUACAUACAUUAAUUGUGAUGCAUAUUUACACGUUUUAUUCCCACCCUUUUGGCUAUAAAUACACAAUAGCAUUCUGGGUUUUCAUCAUUGCACCACAUCUUCUCAAGCAUUGCAGUAGGUAGACUCUGUAGUGCAGAUUAUUGAACCGCAAAGAUGAGCCGUAACACACACCCCAACACUGGCUCUGGUAGUCGAACUGCUAGAACAGUUGAGUUUGGAAGGACCUAUGUAGUGAGGCCCAGAGGAAAACAUCAGGCCACUAUAGUUUGGCUUCAUGGCCUCGGCGACAAUGGCUCAAGCUCUUCCCAGCUCUUAGAAUCCCUUCCUCUUGCAAAUAUUAAGUGGAUCUGCCCAACUGCUCCUACACGUCCAGUGACGCUACUUGGGGGUUUUCCUUGCACUGCAUGGUUUGAUGCAGGAGAGCUCUCAGAAGAUGGUUCAAAUGAUUGGGAAGCUUUAGAUGCUUCAGCAGCACAUAUUGCAAACUUGCUGUCAACUGAGCCAGCUGAUGUUAAAGUUGGCAUCGGAGGCUUCAGUAUGGGUGCUGCAAUGGCCCUUUACUCUGCCACUUGCUAUACUCUAGGAAGAUACGGAAACGGUAAUCCAUACCCUGUCAACCUAAGGGCAAUUAUUGGACUAAGUGGAUGGCUUCCAGGGGCAAGGAGUUUAAGAAACAAAAUACAAAGUUCACAUGACGCUGGCAGGCGUGCUGCUUCCUUACCAAUUUUGCUUUGUCAUGGAAUGAGUGAUGACGUUGUUAACUAUAGACACGGUGAAAAAUCAGCCCACUCCUUAAAUUCAGCAGGAUUUCGCAACCUGACAUUCAAAUCCUAUGAUGGGCUUGGUCACUACACAAUACCCGCAGAGAUGGACGAAAUUUGCAAUUGGCUUACCCCAAAACUAGGGCUUGAGGGUUUUCGCCCAUGAUUGUGCGAUGGGACUAGAACUUGGAGCUAGUGAGUAGGAGAGAUUAUCAAAACAAAUAAUUUUGAAAGGCAAGCAGCUUUUGAAUGCAUAUGUACAAGUAGACGGUACAUAAAAUGGAGCACAAGUUAUAUCGUAUAGUUAAAUUAACCUUCCUAAUUCACUAUGUCAUCUUCUAUACUAAAUAAAAAUUUUGGAUGUACUCCUCUUUUUGUUUAA